AUGGCGGGCUUCAGCUGGAGUAUGAGCUCGCAGACGAAAAAAUUUGUGCCUCCGUCACGUGACUGGCAAGUUAAAACAGCUAGAAAUCUGGACAUCAGGGUUCAGUAUUAUAUGCGUUACGGCACGUCUAAAUACUUCAACCAUCUUUCAGCGCCAAAACUUACAGCGUCUGUACGACCAGACGGCAACUGCUUCUUUCGUGCCCUCAGCGUUCUUAUAACUGGUGUCGAGGAGAACCACAUGACUAUUCGACAGGCAAUCACUCAACACGUGGAACAGCAUUCGGAUAUCUACAGAACAUUCCUUCAAAGCCGUGGCGGAAUGGCGAACUAUGUUAGGAGUAUGCGCAGACCACGCGAAUGGGCAACGGACACUGAAAUCUUCGCCGCUGCAACAUUUUUGAAAACAAUAAUUGAAGUAUGUACCCAAAAUAGAACCAAAGAAGGCUGGGAAUACCACUGGCAGACUUUUGCACCACUAAAUGAUCAGAAUCCAUCCUUGCCAAGAGUUUACAUAUCGCACAAAGACGAACAUUUCGAACCAAUUUUAGAUAUUGAAACAAAUAGAUAA